AUGGCAAAAGUAAGGGGUUUGGAUUCGGCCAGAGAGGCAUCCAAUAUCCCGCAACGGUUGCACAAGUCCAAUGCAGGAAGCGGAAGCGGUCGGCCGAUAGUAUUAAAAGAAAACUUCAAGAACGCUCGCGCCCGCCCUCCACGCCUCACAGCCCGUCGUCGCCACUGCCACAGUUCCUCCCAGGACGCCGCCAUGGGGAUUACCUGUUACCUGGUCGUCCUCGCCGCCUACGCCGCCUGGAUGACCCGAGCUGACCCCGCGCCUACUCCGCCCACUCGAACGUGUGGCGGCGACUACAGCGGGCCCUCCGGCGCCUUCGUGAGCCCGCAUUACCCGAGCCGCUAUCCCAACAACAAGGAGUGCAUCUACACCUUCAACACCGGGAGUCCCAUCGUCAUCACCUGCCCGGACUUCUCCCUACAGAAGGAGAAGAACGGCAAGUGCGCGAGGGACUCCGUCACCAUCAAGGACUACGGGCAGGACACCAAGUACUGUGGCAACGCCGGCCCCUCCGACUACCACUCCAUCGGCAGCAACGUGACUGUGGUGUUCAAAAGCAACGGCAGAGUGAGGAAGACGGGCUUCUAUUGCCUGUAUGAGAGUCGUCCGGGAGCCACGACCUCCACCACGACCACUUCCACCUCCACCACGACCACCACGCCGAGACCCGUGUCGCAGCUCUACAUCAACGCCCUCACGCUCUACGAGAAGCGGAUCUGCAAGACGACCCCGAAACCGAGCUGCGGCUGCGCCCAGACCACCGAGUCCGAGUUCUACUCCACGGUCUCCGACAACUACCGCGUCAUCGUGACCAAUGGCGUGCCCGGGCAUGUGUACGUGACGAGUGUGGACAGCCCUGACCACCAGCAGGCGUGCCCUCAUGAGGUGUUCAUGGCCGUGCCCGCGAAGCCGAUCAAGGGCAGAGCCUACCUUCCCUACGGCCAGGGCGUGGUGGGCAUCGCCGUCUCGGGCGGCUUCUUCUACAACCAUUACAGCUUCGUCCACAACGACGCGGCCGACCUGUACGAGGUGGAGCGCUCGGACGUGUGCAACGGCCACAGCGACCACUACUGCCGCUACCACUACAACCUGAUUCCGACGUGCGUGGCGGGGGCGGGCACAUGCGCCAUGGUGGGCUAUAUGCUCGACGGCUUCCCCGUGUACAUGUACUGCAAUCACGACACCGAGAACCGCCCGCUCGCCAGCUGCUACCAGCUGAACGGCCGCGGCGACGGCACCUUGAGGAGCCACUACACCUUCAACGAAACGGCCUUCUACACGGGCCACUGCGACCUGGACAGGGCCAACGGGUACAGGUUCCCGGAUGUGCGAGGGUACGCCUACAUCCUGAGCGAGGACUACCCCUUCGUCAUGUCGGGCCACUACGGCACCGAACUCGGUUCCAUCUGCUACGUCGACGAGAUGUUGUAUUGAAGCUUCUUCCCCCGACGAGCCACGCCGUAUAGGAAGCAUGCAUCCUGACGAUCCAUGAUUUGAUUUUGGUGUAAGAAAUGUAUUUUUCAGGUCCUUUUUGGAGUUUAUUUUAUAUUUUAUAUUGAAUUAAUGUAUUUUAAAUGAUAGUUUUAAGCCUGUCGUUUAUAAGAAAAAAUAUUACAGAUAACUAAGCCGACAUAGACACUGGUCACUUUUACGUUGCUCAGCCGUCAUGAUGACGUUCAAUAACCUCUUUCUCAUUGUACAAAAGUCUACGGGCUAAAACCCCCAAAUAUGUCUUACCAAAGCUCAUAGUUAUAAUAUAACAAGUGAAAUUUCCAUUGACUUUUAUCAUUCUUAUUUUGUUCACAGUACUGAAUUAUAUCAUUUUUGAUACAUAUCAGAAUAGGAUGGGAUCUUAGCAGCGUAUGUCCAGAAUAUGUCGCUAAUAGCUUGUAACUAUUGCUUUACACUUUUCAUAGUAACUAGCGUGUCAUAGUUACUGUGAUUUAUUAGUACUAUGUACUUUUCUCCAA